AUGCCUGACUGGAAGGAUAACGAGACGCUCAAGUCGCUGAUCCUCGCCCUGGUGGAAUCAGCCAAACCAGACUGGAAGGCAGUGGCCGCCCGUAUGGGAGAUGGCUGUACACCAGGCGCCGUGGAGAAAUUCAUUAAGCGCACCAAGGACGCCCAGAAAAGUUCAUCAUCCACCACUGCCCCAACCACUGCCACUACCACUGCAAAGCCAGCUGCUGCACGCAAGAAACGCACUCCAUCAGGUCGAGCUGCAAGGACAGUUUCUCAGGGAUCCCGCAACGUAAAGCCCGAAGGCGACACCGAUACCAAAGAUAUUAAAGUCGAGGGUGCUGGUAACGGCAUUGCUCGUAUCAUUCCUAAGCGCAAAGCACAUGCCACUCUAUCCUUUCAGAUCUCUUCAGACGAAGAUAUGAAGAAGAUUAAGAGUGAAAGUGAGAGCAGCGACGACGAGGACGAGGAGAAGCCACCGGUCAAAAAGGCUAAAAAGUCACGUGGCCCGCGUAUCACCGUCACAAAAAAAUCCCACGGCGGCGUCAUCAUGAAGCAUGAGCCUAAAACUGCUGUGGAUGACGACGAGACCGAGGAUGAAGUUAAGAGCGAAACCGAAAAGGAAGAUGAGUAA